AAAUCACCCAAGAAAAAAUAGGGAACAAGUCAAAAUGGCGGAUCACGAUCACCAUCAACACCACCACCACCACCACCGUCCCAACCGCCUCUCCGUCCCUCCACGAGCCACCGGAUUCACAACCCAAACACCCACCCCGAUAUCUUACCCUUCGUAUUCCUAUCCUUCUUCCAUCACAACCCCAAUUGCAACUCCCUCGAAACACCGCCUUUCCCUCCAGUCUUACAGUGCUUCCUCCUCUUCCCAAAAGAAAACCUCCCUUUCUUUCCUCCUCUUCCUCCUCCUUUCCCUCCGCUCUCUUUACUCUCUCCUCCCUUUCAUCCGCUCUUCUUCUCAUUCUUUCUCACUAUUCCCUUUCUCUUUCCUCGUCUCUUUCCUCACCUUCCUCCUCUCUCUCUCAUUUACUCUCUUCUCUAAAAAAAGCCCCAGAAAUUUUUCUAAUUUCCCAAUUUAUUCUCUCACCAACUCUCAGCUCAAACUUCUACUCUCUAAGUCUUUCCUUUUGUCGAUUAUCUUACUUCUCAGGUUCCAAGCUCUUAGAUACUGUGGCACAGCUGCUAUGAUCUUAGCUGAACUAUCCGGAAACCUUGCUGGCAGGCUUUUUUCCAAGGAGAAAAACCCGAAGAAAAGGUCUCUCUUCAUUGGGUUUUGCUUUUUAUUUAUUGGAUUGAUGCUAUUAUCUCUAAGUUGGGAUAGAGUAGAUUGUUUUCCUUUAAAUAAGACUGGGGUUUCCAUGUAUCCUAGAGAAGGAUGUGUUAGAAUUUGGCCUAUGUUAUUGCCGUUUUUAUCAGGGUUUUUAGGUUGUUAUGAGAAGGUUUCUAUGGACUGGGGGAGCAUUAGACAGCUUGGUCCAAAAAGGGUUCGAUUGAUUUCAUUGUUUUUCACUACACUUAUGCUUUUUGUUCCUGCUGUUGUUAGUUUCUUUGUUUAUGAAAGUGAAGGAGGAGGGAAUAUUUCUAUUGAUAAUUUAGGUUGGCCUUUGGUGAACAUUGUUGUCUUCGGAGUGAUUUUGAGUGAGAAUUUCAAUAAUGAUGAUGAUAAGUUAAUGAGUUCUAAGGAUUUCCGGAGGGAGUUUGUGGUUACGUUCGUUUGUACCAUUAUAUUGGAGUUGUUUUAUUUUGAGGAGCUAUCACUCUCAGGAUUGUUGUUGUGCGGCUUGUUGCUGUACAUUGCUGUUCGAGAGCUGGAUCCUGUUUAUACGAGUUAUAUUGAAUUGGGGAUGGAAUCUUCGGAGACUUCUAAUAUGUCAAUAUGGAAACCUAUUCAACAUAUAUUGAGUGAGCGAAAGUCUCGGAAAAUUGCAUUGUUUCUGUUGAUUAAUACUGGAUAUAUGGUUGUGGAAUUUGUUGCUGGCUUCAUGAGUAAUAGUUUGGGGUUGAUAUCAGAUGCAUGUCACAUGUUGUUUGAUUGUGCGGCAUUGGCUAUUGGGCUUUAUGCUUCUUAUAUUUCACGGUUGCCUGCUAAUAGUCAGUUCAAUUAUGGCAGAGGCAGAUUUGAGAUUCUAUCAGGGUAUGCUAAUGCAGUAUUUCUAGUUCUAGUUGGGGCAUUAAUUGUAUUGGAAUCCUUUGAGAGGAUUUUGGAUCCUCAAGAGAUAUCAACCAACAGUCUGUUAACUGUCUCUAUUGGAGGGCUCCUUGUCAAUUUGAUCGGUUUGAUAUUCUUUCAUGAGGAGCAUCAUCAUGCACAUGGCGGAUCAUGCUCGCACUUGCAUUCACAUUCUGAUUCCCACUCUCAUGACCAUUAUCAUCAACAUUCACAUGAUCAUGAAAGUCAUGUUGAACAUCAUGAGUUUAUAAAUGUUUCCGAUGGAUGUCAUGAUUCUUGCUCCAGCCAUGAACACCAUCACAGUAACCAACAUCGCAGCAACAAUCACCAUGGCGAAGAUCACAAGAAACACGAGUUUCAUGGCCACCAUGAUCAUCAUCACAAUCAAGCCCACCAUGAUUUUGCCCACCAUCAUGAUCACCAUGACCAUGGACAUGAUCAUGCUCAUGCUUAUGCUCAUGACAACCAUGAUUAUGCCCACCAUCAUCAUGAUCACCAUGACCAUGGACCUAAACAUGAUCAUGCUCGUAGUCAUGACCACCAUCAUGAUCAAGGCCUGCACUCCCAUACACACUCUUCCGAAACUAAAGGUCAUUUACCGCAGAAGCACCAGCAUCGACACAUAGACCACAAUAUGGAGGGAAUCUUUUUGCAUGUUCUGGCAGAUACCUUGGGAAGUGUUGGGGUUGUUGUAUCGACCCUCUUAAUUAAGUACAGAUGGCUUGUCGCUGAUCCUGCAUGUUCAAUAUUCAUUUCAGUUUUAAUUAUAUCAUCAGUUAUCCCAUUGCUUAGGAACACGGCUGAAAUUCUGCUUCAAAGAGUUCCAAGGGCGCAGGAACAGGGUUUGAAGAAGGCCAUCAGUGAUAUUACAAACAUGAGAGGGGUGCGUCGUGUUCAGAACUUGCAUGUAUGGAGCUUUACAAACUCGGAUAUCGUUGGAACAGUUCACCUUCACAUAGCAGCAGGAACUGACAAGGCUGCUAUGAAAUCACGAGUGUCGCAUAUCUUACAUGAUGCCGGAAUCAAGGACUUGACGUUGCAAGUUGAAUGUGUGGAACAAUAGUAAACUGAUGAGCAUGGAAACUAGUAGCUCAUUCAUUGUAGGACUGAAUCUAAACAUAAUCAAAGUCAACAGUUGCUCCGAUUGAUAUGUUGUUGUUAAGGAGUGCGGCUUUCUCGGUUCUAUCUUGGAGCAUUCAUAUACUCAUAAGAGCCGAGUUCAGCAUCCAUGUUUUACAUCAAGGAAUAGAAAGGAAAGUAUAUAUAUAUAUUUGUUGCAGAUGGGGUCAGGGGCAGUGUCUUCAGAACUAAAGAGGACUGUUAAAUUCUCACAGGUUCAGGUGACUGAAAUCCAAACAAAAAUAUUUAAUUGGUAAUGUAAUGAAACAAGCAGUGUUACAUUAUUUCCUUUUGUGUGA